CAACGACCCAACGUCCCCCAACCCAUUUAUGGUCGGAGUACUCUUGGGUAAAAAGCACAAAAUUGAUUGCAGUCAGCCUUAUAAGUUGAGCUCCCUUGCUAUAUAUAGAAACAUCAGUAUAUCUAAAACUAGGAAGUAAAAGCCUAACAGGUAGGACCUUUUUCUUCAAAUCCCUUCUUUAUGCCUUUUUUCGGAAAGAGCUUUAACAAAACUAGCUUCUUUUAAUUGAUAUUAUCUCAUUAUUAGUUAUAUUAAUUGAUCAGGUAAUUGAUGGAGGAUCAGAAAUCAAAUGGUGGUCCUUUUCGUGUUUUAAUGUUGCCAUGGUUAGCUCAUGGCCAUGUCAUCCCCUACCUCGAGCUUGCUAAAGAACUCCAAGACCGCAAUUUCAAUGUCCAUUUUUGCUCCACCCCGGCGGUUCUGUCUUCCGUCGAAUCCGCUUAUUCUUCCUUCCUUUCUCAAAUCCAUCUCGUCCCGAUCAACCUCCCCGCCGCCGGCUUCCCGGAGAUUCCGGCCGGCCGGCACACCACCAAAGAUCUCCCCCGCGAGCACAUUUUCACCCUCUGCAAAGCAUUCAGGCUCUCCGCCCCGAUAUUCUCCGACAUCGUCGACCGAAUCAAACCCGAUUUGCUCAUCUUCGAUCUCUUCCAGCCGUGGGCGGCGGAGGUCGCCGCGUCGCGGAACAUCCCCGCCGUUUUAUUCUGCAUCACCGGGGCGGCCUCCAUCGCCGCCGCUCACCACCUGUUAAAACACCGCUCGAUGGCCGGAUUUCCCUUUCCGGGACUCUGUUUCCGUCCGCACGAGCUCAAGAAUCUAAGGGAAAGCACCGGAAACGUCGACCCAGUGGACCAGUUCGCAAUUUUAAAGGCACUGGAGGCUUCCGACAGCGUCGUUCUGAUCAACACCAGCGAAGAAAUCGACGGGAAGUACAUGGACCACCUCUCCGCCAUUCUCGGUAAACCCGCCGUGCCCACAGGCUCACUCGUCCGCAUUCCGGGGAAAAACGGCGCCGCGGCGGCGGCGGAGAAGGAGGGGGACGCUGAGAUCUUGCGGUGGUUGGACGGAAAGCCAAAGAACUCAACUUUAUACAUUUCUUUCGGGAGCGAGUACUACCUGACCACGGCGGAGAUUCAAGAAUUGGCGAAAGGGUUGGAGCUUAGCGGCGCCGAUUUCAUAUGGGUGCUCCGGUUUCCGGCGGGGAAGGAGGUCGGAAUUGAGGCGGCGCUGCCGGAAGGGUUCUUGAACAGAGUAAAUGGGCGGGGGCUGGUUCUGGAGAAGUGGGCCCCUCAAAUUAAGAUUCUUGGGCACCCAAGUGUGGGCGGAUUCGUGAUGCAGUGUGGGUGGAACUCGUUUCUGGAAAGCAUCCACUUUGGGAUCCCAAUGAUAGCCAUACCUAUGCACUCCGAGCAGUUCAUCACCGCCAGGUAUGCGGCGGAGCUGGGCGUUUCCACGGAGGUGAUGAGGGAUGACGACGGCCGGCUUCACGGGGAAGAUAUCUGCAAAGCUGUGAGGAAGCUCCUGGCGGAGAAGGCCGGGGAAGAAAUGAGGGAGAAAGUGAUGGCAUUGAAUGCGGCGAUGGCAAUGAAAGGAGCGGAAGGGAUAGAUAACACGGCGGCGUUGCUCUCCCAGCUUUGCUGCCCUUAGUACUAUUCGCAUCAUUCCACUAAUAUUGUACUAGUUCUCCGUAUCAUUUUACUUUUAAUAUUAUUAAAAUUAAAAUUAUCGCAUAUCAAAUUUAAUAAAACUUGUGUGGUU